AUGCCCAGUGCACUCACAAACGAAAACUUUUGCAUUAAGGGAUAUCCAGCACACAAAUGUCUCUUACCUGGGGAAUACCACAAUGUCAACUCAAAGAGCAAGGGUAUCAGAGGGCUGACCCAGAAGGAAGUCCUUAUACUUGUAGAGGCUCUGAAGGCAGGAACAAUGUAUAUGGCUAAGAUGAAGAUCAGCGCUGCAACCACCAAAGUCAAGAAGACCGGAGACACCCACAAAAUGCCCUCGACUUCUCAGCAACAGGAAUUGCAGGCUGAUACAGCUGAACAUCUACUGUCAAAACCUCCUCCCACACACCCAUUUGUAGUGGUUCCUUGGCCUUUGCCAGCUGCCACAAUCGAAUUUCCGACCUCCAAGUCUAACACUGAGCCUCCCAAGAUAAUCCCUGAAACAGAAUUUGAAGAUGCAGCUCACAGGAAAAAGAGGAAGGUGGCAGCUAGCAGGCUACCUUGA